UAUUUCAAAAUAAUUCAAACGUUUCGCGACUGUUCACCAGUACGGACGUCCAGCAGCAGCAACCAGCAGGUUUUCUACCCUUCUACGUUCCAGAAGAACUUGGACGAGGUGUAGUGAAAAGCGAAAGAUUCUUGGAAACAGUGUCGUCGAUCGUUCGUUCGUCGGAAGCUCGAUAAGGCGCGAAUUAGCUCCACAUCCGGUUGGUCGUUGACGGUUUCCUUUUUUGUUGGACGAGUGCGAGUGUUUGUUCACCGGAAAUCGCGUGCAACAAGUGUGUGCUUGUGACAGAAGAAGCCGAAGUCGAACAAGUUUCGCAGCAAAAUGAUGGAGAAGGAACCGGAUUCGAUGGCGGUCACCAUGAAGCAGGACUAUGCCGCUUCCGAGGUGUACAGCACGACGAGCGAAGCUCCACCUGCAUACAAAAUCCGUCAGGCCAACUCGGUGAAGAUCGCCAAGAUCGUGGCGGUGACGGUGAUUCUGGCCUCCUUCAUCCUGGGGUCGUUCAUGCUGGCGUCGACGUACCUGCAGGCGAAGCAGUCCUGCGACCAGAUGCAGACGCUCGAUGCCGUCCUGAACAAGGAGCUGAUGCUGGAGGCGAUGCAACAGGAGCUUCCAAAAGCGGCAGCUUUGAUGCAAGACCAGCUGUCCGCGGACGAGGCCAGCCUGCAGACCGUUGAGGAGAAACCAAAGAAGAAGGCUGCCGAGCCGGAGAAAAAGGAAACGUCGGCCGAGAACCACGACGACGAUGAGGACGACGAAAGUGACAGCGACGAAAGCGCCGACAUGAACAACGCUAACCGAGUUCACAUCAAGCUUCCGCUGGAUCUGGACCUGACCGAGCUGGCCCACGCUAUGCUUCGCCAGAACCAAAAGUCCAAGAUGAACUGUGUCGUCGAACGUCGUCGCUCGGAAGAAAUGGUCGACUCGCCGCUCAAGACCAUGCGUCUUCCGUUUGGAAUGGCCUUCAACACCGAGCCCAAGCAACAGAAGGUCACCGGAGAGCGCAUCGCCAUCUUCUGCGAAACCGGAAACGAGCCCAGAAACGAAGACGCCGAACCCGUCCGUCAGGUCCUGAUCCCGAUCCCACCGAUCCGUUCCUUCGGACCCAUCACCCAUCUGCCCCAGCAGAUGCCACCGCAGCCAAUGAUGCGUCAGAUGCCGCGACCAAUCUUCCCCAUUCCGAUGAUGAACCACCACUCGCAGCAGCAGAUCCCUCCGGUGCCAGCCCAGAUGAUGCAGGCCCCUCACCAGGAAGUCCCCAUGAUGCGCCCCAGCUUCCAUCAACCUCAGCCCAUGAUUCCGCAGCAACUCCAAUCUCAGCAGCCCCAGCCUCAGCAACACCAACAGCAGCAGCAGCAGCUGACCUUCCCCCAGCAGAUGCAGCCACCACGUGCCGAAGUCCGCAUCCAGUUCCAGCGCAUCCCCAUCCCGGAAGCUAUCCGACCCUUCCUGCCGCCCCAGCUGAUGCGCAACGGCCAGGAACAACCCGAAGUGCAGGUCCGCGAAGUCCCGCUGGAAAUGGCCCUCCAAAAAGUCGGACUGUCCGCCGAUGAGCUCAAGGACAUCCACGAAAUCGCCGCGCAAAAGUUCACCGAGCAGCUGAAGCAGCUGAUCGGCGAAAUGUCCGAAUCGGAAGAGAGCGAAGAGGAAACCGACUCGUACCGCACGACCCCCGCCCAGGAACCGGCCUCGCAGCACUCCGAGGAGCGGGAACUGCAGGAACAGCAGCCGCCCCGCGUCCAGGAGCCGGAACCCCAGCCGCAGCACCCCGCCGAGGGCCAGAUUCUCCCCAUGGGACGCGCCCAGUACGCCCGCUCGCUGGUCAACCCGAUCGAUCUGCCCGGCAAGGUCGUCGAGUCGUCCGUGUCCGACGAGGAAGCGGAACGUCCCCACUAUGUCCAGCCACGAUCGGUCUAAGUGCGGAAGGUUUCCAGGAGCAGCAAGCAAGCAAAAAAACAACAACAACAAAAAACCUGAAAAAAUAAAACGCGCAAAUGUUUCCAAUUCCCUCCAAGAAAAGACAAACAUUCCCGGCACGCGCGCGCUCUUGUGCUCUUGUGAUGUUGUAAAUGUAAAACGAAAGUGAGAGAGAGAGCAGAUAGUCUAAAA